AUGUCUAGAGUUGCGAUUUACACCGCAUCGCUGUUUGUGUUUAUUGGAGUCACUGCUUUAACACUCUCCUCAAUAAUCAUCCCCCGAUGGACCUCCUACGAGGAUACCAGUAUCCCAAUUAACUACUAUUAUGGACUCCAUAAACGCUGCACCUCAGCAGGCGACUGCGCACACUUCCCCAGCUACGCUGACUGCCAUGGCACUGAUCGCUACUUCUGUUCAAUGUGGCGAUCUACAGCAUGGUUGAUGAGCUUUACGCUAGUGAUCGAAGGCAUGAAUAUUGUUGCAUUUAUUGUUAUUCUCGCUGGCGGUCCCGUAAAGAGAAUGAACGGAUGGAGAAUGUUGGGCGUUUUAUUGCUCUUGAAUGCGAUCAUACAAGGUGCUGCGACCUCGUUGGUGCAGUAUUUAUAUGAUUACGAUGAUCGAUUCUUUGUGGGAUGGAGCCUAGGUAUAAGCUGGGUUCUGGCAACUGUGAGUUGGGUUAUAACGGUUAUUCUAGCGGGGAUUGUUGUGGUGGGUGGUUGGUAUUUGCCGCCAGAAGGAGGGUAUGAGUUUUUGAAAUAG